AGGAGGCGUUUUACUGCGAGGUGGUGGCUGGGUUCUAGGUUUCCAAGUAGUUCUCGUGAGCAGGUUGCAGGACCGCUUGAGUGAACGUAAGAUACGAAGAGGCCGUUCAGGUCGUCCUGUUUAUGCUGCUUCUGUAGUAACAGCAAGACACUCGGUCAUACUCCCUUCGUCUAGUGAUAAUGGGAACUGCAGAUGCUGGAAAAUCCAAGAUAAUAAAGUGUGGAGCUGGAUGAACACAGCAGGCCAAGCAGCAUCUCAGGAGCACAAAAGCUGACGUUUCGGGCCUAGACCCUUGGUCUACACACUUUUUUUGCUAUCUCCCUUCGCCUAGGCUUGUUAACUUCUGUUAUUCUUCCUGUUCCCUUUAGAAAGCCUUUGCUGAGUCGGUUUCAACUGCAGUGGACAGGGAGGAGGAUCUGCGGAAGGACAAACUCCACGUUAAAAUCUCGAGGUCGUUGGAACCCUGCAAUUUCCACCAUGAAACUGCCAAAGGGAAGGAGGUUCUCGGAUAGUUUUGUCGGCUAAAUGCACGCUAUUUUGAUUCAGGAAGAAAGCAGGUGGGUGGUAGUGACUUCUGGACCUGGUGGUGAAUGUUGCAACUGAUGUACUGGUGCCAUAUCUGCAGCCAUGUCCCUUGAAGGAAAUGGGGCAGUUACCCAAAGGCUCUUGGAUGAGGAACAUUGGCAGUUCAGAAACUGAAACCAAACAUCGCAUCAGAAUGUUACGGUGUUGCCUCAUUUCCAGAAACUCCAAUAUUAUUGGAUUUUGUAAACGGAAGCUUGAAGCAGUGCUCAGAGAACCUAUGCACAUACUGUAAUUAGAAGAAGAGGAUCUACAGGCAGGAAAAUCAAACUAAUCAUUCUAUCAAGAUUUAUAUCAUGACCUGAAUAUCAUUGACCUUUAAAAGUGAAAGGGGAAAUGUUUUAUCUGCAAGCCAGAAAUGAUUUCAAACCUCAGUGCGACUGGAAAUACAUGACAACACACCUGGGUUAAUGUUUUCCAGAGCAUCAACUGUACAAGAAGCUCUACGCAGUGAUACAGCUUGAAAGAAAAUUGCAAGGUUUAAAGCAGAGAAUAAUUCCAGGGGAUUGUGUGUGGUAGAGGUUUCGAUAGAUCAUCCAGCCUCAAUGCACAAGGACACCCACAUGGUGGAGAAACCAUGGAAGUGUGAGAACUGUGGGAAGAGAUUUUGUUAUCCAUCUCAGCUGGAAAGUCAUCGACGCAGUCACAGUGGGGAGAGGCCAUUCACCUGUACCCAGUGUGGGAAAGGAUUCACUCAGUUAUCCAAUUUAAAUAAACACGAGAGAACUCACUCUGGGGAGAGGCCAUUCACCUGCUCCAAGUGUGGAAAAGGGUUCACUCAGUCAUCCAAUUUGGACAAACACCAAAGAACUCACAUUGAGGAAAAGCCAUUCACUUGUCCUGAGUGUGGGAAAGGAUUUACUCAGACAGCCAACUUACUCACACACCAGAGAACACACACCGGGGAGAGGCCAUUCACCUGCUUUCAAUGUGGCAAAGGAUUCGCUCAGUUAUCCAGCUUACGUAUUCACCAAAUAACUCACAGUGGAGAGAAACCAUUCUCUUGCUCUGAGUGCGGGAAGGGAUUCACUCAGUUGGCGAGCUUACGAACACACAAGAGAAUUCAUACUGAAGAGAAACCAUUCAAUUGCUCUUUGUGUGGGAAGGGAUUCACUCAGUUAUCCAACUUACAUACGCACAUGACAACGCACACCAGAGAGAAACCGUUCACCUGCCCUGACUGUGGUACUGGAUUCACUCAGUUAUCCAGCUUACAUAGACACAAAAGAAUUCAUACAGGGGAGAAAUCAUUCACCUGCAUGGAGUGUGGAAAGAAAUUCACUCAGUUCUCCAAUUUAUGUAGACACAAUGAGAACACACACAGCACAGAAAAUGUUCAUUCACCUGCUCCAACUUAAAGAACUACAGCAAUUUCACAUUUGGGAGGAGCUGUUUACUUUCAGUCCAAUCUGCCUAUAUGAGAGAGUGAUGGAGCAAUCUUUUAAAUGGCUGGACUAUGGGGAGUGCUCUAUAAGUUCUGGGAACUGAUGUACCAACAGGUUCACACUGAUGAGUAAUAGAUUUGGUGUUGUCUCUGGGACUGGGUUCAAGUGAUCCCAUUACUGCACUCUGCACAAAUGCACUCACACUGGACAGUUGCCAUUCACAAGGCUGCUCCAGGUGUGGGAAAUAAUGCGGUCUAUCAUGCUAACUGUUGAGACACCAGCAAGUUCACAGUGACUCCAGGAAUUGAAUACCACUAUUUUUGAUGUUGUUAGUCACAUCCAGGAUUGGAAAGGCAGACCGGCCCUCAGGAGCAUGAGAAAUGUUUCUCAGCCAUUCUAUUCUGUGGUUCAGAGCUCUUAGACAUUGAACAGAAGCUCCUAUAUAAUUGGAGUCUACAAGAAUAACUGUGAAUGCUGGAAACAUGCCGAAAAAAUCAGACAGUGGUGUCAAACUGAUCUGUUCUUACUGAAAGCAAAACACCAGGUUUAGUUUCUAAUCUAAAAAUGGCAGUGUUCAUUAUGGUGCAUGUGUUUGAAACAUUUAUGUGUCAUUCCUGAUUCAACUGUUCAAAGACUGCAAUGCCCACAACUUGUGUUAAUGUAGAACCUUUUGCAAUAACUAUCACAAGGUGUUUCACAGAUGAUCCAGAUCUUAGUUGAAGAGGUCGAUUUUAUUGAAGUGAGAAGUGUAAGGAUAAUGUUCCAAAGUUUGGGACUCAAUGGCUAAAGCAUAGUCUGCAAUGGUAGAGUAAUGCAGAUUGGGAUUGGAUUAGGUCAGAGUUUGAAGAACACAGGGAUCUCAGAGGAUUUUAGUGCUGGUGGAAUCUUUAAAGAAUGUUUGCCAUGGAGAAAGACAGUCUCCAAUGAGCUAGUGCAUGGGGUAUCAUGGGGAGAAGUUGAGUGGGGUCUGUGUCCAUUGCAAUUUAGAACAAUGUGAGGUGAUUGUAUUGCAACAUAUAAAGUCCUGAGGAGACUUGGUAGGAUGGAUGCUGAGAAAUAUUUCUCUUUGUGGGAGAAACUAAAAUGAGGAGAUAUCGUUUUAAAAUAAGGGAUACUGCAUUUCAGAAGUGGAACAGGAGGAAUUUUUAUUUGAACUCUGUCCUCCAGAGAGUAAUGGUGUUAGAAUAGUUAAAUAUUAAUGGAGAAGCGUAUAGAAUUCUUAAUAGAAGGGAGUUAAAAAUGAUCAGAGAAACCAUUUUUGGAGCAUCUAGAUGUUUUGCAUGUAGAAGUUGUUGUGGUCUGUGCCAAAUUGGGAUGGCCUGAACGUAGGUUGGAGUCCAUUUGAGUCAUAGAAUCCCUACAGAGUGCAAACAGGCCCUUCGGCCCAACAAUCCACACCAACACUCAGAGCAGCCCACCCAGACCUAUCCCCAUAAUCUAUGCCACCCUGAACACUAUGGGCAAUUUAGUACGGUCAGUCCACCGAGCCCGCACAUCUUUGAACAGUGGGAGGAAACUGGACCACCCGGAGGAAACCUACUCAGACAUGGGGACAAUGUGCCACCUCUACACGGGCAGUCAGCCAAGGGUGGAAUCGAACCUGGGUCCCAAGGCAGCAGUGCUAAUCACUGAGCUGAUGUGCUGGUGAUGAUGUGGUUCUGCAGGCAGGUACUGAGAAAGGCAGUGUGGCUGUGGUACCUGGUUUGCUUCAGUAAAUGGUUGAGCAGCUUCAGGGCCAAAGAGAAUGCCAGAGGGUUGCAGUGAGAGAUAGAUCCACUGAGGUCUUUUCAGAGUGAGGAGGAUGACUUCUUCAAGGUAGGCAUGUCUGAAUGAUCCCCUAUUUCUGAAGAAGGGUCUUGAUCUGAAACGACGACUUUCCUGCUCCUCUGAUGCUAUCUGGCCUGCUGUGCUACUCCAGCUCCACAGUGUUAUCUCUGACUACAGCAUUGGCAGUUCUUACUAUCUCUAACAAUGAUCAGGGAUUGGCAGGAAUGAGGUGUUGAGGCAAAAAAUCAGGUCAGCUGUGAUCUCAUUAUAUUGGCAGAACAGGCUUGAGGUAUCAAUGAGACCCUUCUGAAGAGGGUCACUGGUCUUAAAAUGUUCUCUGUGUUUUCCAGUCCAGAUGCUGUUGAGCUUCCCCAAUAAUAUCUGUUUUUGUUUCAGAUCUUCAGUUCUUUGUUUUAUUUAUUCUCCUUAUCUUGGUUCUCACCAUCUCCGAUUGCACCCGAAACUAGAAUUCCUAGCUUGGGAGAAAUAUCUUCCCUGCAGCCACCCUAUCUAUCCCUUUCAGUAAUGUGUCAGUGUCAAUGAGCUCCCCUCUCAUAGAGAGGUAGGAAAUGAAGAAAAGGGAUUUUGCAAAGUUCUCCCACUCUGCCAAACCUGAGUUUGAGCUGCUGAGAGGCGGAGGGGCAGCAGUUUGUUGCUGUGGCCCAAGCCUUGACGCAAGAAGGGGUAGGGGUGGGACUGCAAUGACCACAUCGUUGCUAGCACAGCGAUUCCUAUUGGCUAUGUUACUCAUCAAACGUGAGAAUUCACCAAUGCGAAAGUCCUCCGAUUGCAACAUUCGGGUCCUCCAGAAAAUCGGAACUCACCUAUUGUCUCAGUGCAGAACGAGGGGCAACGAGCUUCCGAAGCUGCUCAUUCCUGCUCAGAAAUGCUGCUCCUCUCUCUGUUUGAAUGUUAAUUUGAAAACACAAGCUUUUGGAGCCUCAGUCCUCCUUUCAGGUGUUAGUGAGAGAGGUACUCUAAGACACAUAACUCAUAAGGAAAAGAUCAAAGGGUCACACCAUUGAUGAGAAUGUGCUAAACAAACCUAAGAUCUGUUAAAUCUUUACUCAGUUUGAAAAAGUUUUAAUUUAUUAAUACGUAUAUAUAAAUCCCCAGAUUCCUUUCAAGUCCUUGUCCUGAGAGAACUAAAUUAGAUUAGAUUCCCUACAGUGUGGAAACAGGCCCUUUGGCCCAACAAGUCCACACCGCCCCUUGGAGCAUCGCAUCCCCCUAUAACCCUCACACCCCUGAACACUACGGGCAAUUUAACAUGGCCAAUCCACCUAGCCUGCACAUCUCUGGACUGUGGGAGGAAACCAGAGCACCUGGAGGAAACCCAUGCAGACACGGGGAGAAUGUGCAAACUCCACACAGACAGUUACCCUAGGCUGGAAUUGAACCCGGAUCCCUGACGCUGUGAGGCUGCAGUGCUAACCACUGAGCCACCAUGCUGCCCUAAAGUUCGAGUUACCUGAUGUAGCCCUUGCAUGUCUAUAACAGUGUAAAGAAGACAUGACAUUUUAGGUCAGUCAAUGCAUGUUAGGUGUGAUACAUUGUUUGGGAUCAGACUGGUUUUAUUUCUAAAGUAGGAAUUUAUAAAUCACCAUAUUAACUGAUUAUCUAUUUAUUGUUUGCUUGUUGUACAAAAUAAAAUGUAUCAGCAAAUACAAA